AUGUGUAAUGAAUGCAAAAUUCAAUUUGAAGAUAAUAUGAAACAAGUUGAUGAUGCUAAAGAAGAUUCAGAAAAUUAUCUUAAUAAAAAUUCAUCAACUACAAUUAAUAGUGCAACAACAAUAAAUGAAGGUGAACAUUUACAUUUAAAAAUUGGUCAUUUAGCACAAAUGAUUAAAGAAACACUACCAGAUUGUUGUCGUCAUUUACUCAGAGAAAAUGAUUAUGCUAUAGAAAUUGAUGAUAAAUUAUCUCAUUUACGAUGUGCAGUUAUUGUCGAAAAUGUUCAAGUUGUUCGUAUUAAACCAAGUAGCUUCAUUAAUUAUAGUCAGGCCAAACUAAGAUACGUGAAAAACAUACUAUUAACCAUGAACAAGAACAUAAAAAUUGAUUUUAUACAAUCAUGA